CUAAAUAAUGACACGGACUUUCAGCUGACUGUCAUCAAAAUUUGUAGUUUUGUCAUUUAAGUUUUGAGACUAUAUUCCUAUUUAACUACCAAAUGAAUUACAAAAGUAUUUUGCAGUUUUGCUUUUAAAAGUAAACAAAAACAUGAGUUGAAUAUAGACAUUGACUGUGAAAUGAUAUAUCCGGGAUUAUUUUCUAAAAAUAGAAUAUAAAUACUAGUAGUCAUGAAGGUUGCAGUGAUUGGAGCAGGAGUCAGUGGAUUAACUGCUAUAAAGUGUUGUAUAGACGAGGGACUAGAACCAGUAUGCUUUGAAAGAACUAAUGAUAUAGGUGGGCUAUGGAGGUAUUCAGAUAACGUCACAGAAGGUCAGGCAUCCGUUAUGAAGUCAACCAUCACUAACACAAGUAAAGAAAUGAUGUGCUUUAGUGAUUUCCCAAUGCCAGCAGAAUAUCCAAUGUAUAUGCAUAAUACUUAUGUACAAAAGUAUUUAGAUUUGUAUGCUGAAAAAUUCAGUCUUCAGAAAUAUAUACAAUUUAAAACGGAGGUAUUGAGCGUUAUGAAAAAAGACGAUUUCGAACAGACUGGUCAGUGGGUUAUCCAACUGAAAGACAAGAAAACUGAUAAAGUGAAGGAAAACAUAUUUGAUGCUGUUCUUGUUUGCACUGGUCGUAAUAGUGAAAAGUAUGUUCCUAAUUUCCCAGGUUUAUCAAACUUCAAAGGAGAAGUUGUUCACAGCCAUGACUACAGAAAGCCAACUGGGUAUGAAGGGAAAAGAGUACUUGUCAUUGGAAUAGGAAAUACAGGAUCGGAAAUAGCCGUAGAACUUAGCGCAGUUGCUUCUCAGGUUUUUAUAAGUACCGGGCGUGGAACUUGGGUACUUUCCAGAAUAACCGACUAUGGUAUGCCUAUCGAUAUGACAUCUUUCAAAAGGAUUAUGAUGAAACUGAAAAAAAUAUUACCACAGUCGCUUAUUGAAAACUUGGUGGUGAAAAAAAUAAAUGCACGAUUUGAUCAUGCAACUUAUUGUCUUCAACCAAAGCACCGCGUCUUUGCUCAUAGUCCAAUUAUAAAUGAUGAAAUACCAAACCGAUUGGCAUCAGGAACAUUGAGGGCAAAAGCAGGUGUCAGAACAUUUACUGAAAAUGGUGUAAUAUUUGACGAUAAUACAGUGGAAGAAAAUAUCGAUGUUGUUGUCUUGGCAACAGGGUAUACAUUCAAAUUUCCUUUUUUGGACAAAUCUGUGACUGAAGUAAGAGAAAAUCAUGUAGAUGAACUAUACAAGUACAUUUUCCCACCAAAACUGGAAAAAUCAACUUUAGGUAUAAUCGGAUGCGCACAAGUACUUGGAGCAAAUAUGCCAGUAUUUGAGAUGCAGUGUAGACUGUCUACACGUGUUUUUCAGGGAAAAGUAAAUCUUCCAUGCUGUAAUGAUAUGAUGUUAGAUAUUAAAUCGAAACAAGAGGUACUGAAAGAAAAAUAUGUAAAAUUACAUAAACACACAGUUACUGUCGAAUACAUAGAGUAUAUGGAUGAACUCGCUACAUUAAAUGGAUGUCGACCUGAUUUUGGGUUAUUAUUUUGGUCAGACCCGAAACUGGCCUUAAACUGCUAUUUUGGGCCUUGUACACCAUACCAAUACAGACUACACGGACCUGGAAAAUGGGAUGGAGCAAGAAAAGCGAUAUUGUCGCAGUGGGAAAGAACAUUAGGACCCCUUAAAACAAGACCAUUAGGAUUUACAGAACAACCGUCAAAGAAGAACAUCUUACUAUUCUCUUUUGUAUUUGUUGUAACUAUUUGUUAUUUGCUUCAAGCUUUAUUUUUCUAAGUGAUUUUUUCUUGUAAGAGCAACGUUCAAUUAUCUUCGAGACUUUACAAAUGAUGUCUAAUGACGCUUUCUGAGGAUGCUAAAUAGAUUAAUGAAAUAGAUUUCUUUAAAUACCAUAGUUUCAGCUUUGUUCAUAAUCUAUUAAUUGAGAAAAAAAGAAAUUACUAAUUUGACCACCGAAAUGUCGAAAACAACUCGUUGUUGGAUAUUUAUUUUUGUAAUAAGAAGGAAGAAUUA